CCGUCGGGUGCCCGCCUGCCCAGCCGGGUGGAGUGAGUCAGGCGGCGCCGUCGGGUCAGCGGCGGGGCGGGGGCAGCCGCCGGCGAUGGCCGCUCGCUGAAGGCUCGCGCGCUCGCGGCGGGGACGGGGGCGGCCGCCGGGCCGGGCCGCCAUCAGCAUGUCGUCGUCGGGGAACGUGUCCGACGAGCUGAAGCAGCAGGUCAUGAUCAACCAGUUCGUGGUGGCCGCGGGCUGCGCCGCCGACCAAGCGCAGCAGCUCCUGCAGGCGGCCCACUGGCAGUACGAGACAGCCUUGAGUGCGUUUUUCCAGGAAUCCAGCGUUCCCUACAGCCACCCCCAUCAUCAGAUGAUGUGCACCCCUGCCAACACUCCGGCCACCCCGCCCAACUUCCCUGACGCCCUCGCCAUGUUCUCCCGCCUCAAGGCCUCGGAGAGUUUCAGCAGCAGCAGCAGCAGCCCUACGGCCUCCAUGGCCACCUCGCCGCCGCCCCCCCCGCCGCUCCCCCAGCCCGGAGGCCUCCCUUCCGCCUGGCCUGCCGGCUCCCCCCCUUGGACUCCCGCCGCGCCCUUGCAGCCCGCGGGCUGGCCCGGCAGCGUCUCCCAGCAAGCCCGCUCCGAGCCAAAGGCCAGUGCCACUUUGGAGGCAGAGAGAUGAGGGGGCCGGGGCCUGUGCUCCCUUUCGAGGCGGGGGUGAGGGGGGCCCUCGCGGCCUCAGCGGCUCACAACG